AUGCCUGUAGUAACCUUUAUACACUAUCUACGCACCUACGCCCCCGCCGCUGCUAAUAGCAGCAAUAAUAAUAACAUAACCGACUCUCCCUACGCUAAGGACGCCGCCGAGGGCACCACCAAGAAGAAGGAGAAGAAGGAGAAGUUCGCCGCCGUCGCCGCCAUUACUACCGCCGCCGAGGCCGAGGCCGCCAAGGAAGAUAAGGCUAAGGGUAAGGCUAAGACCCCUAAAGGCGAGCUCGUCGAGACCACGGCCCUAGAGCUUAAAAAGCUCCGGGCCGCUGCGAAAGAGAGGGCUAAGAAAGCUAAGACUACCCUAGCCGCCGCCGCUGCUAGUAUUCGCGGCUCGCGCGCCGCUACCUCGCGGGAGGUAGCUUCAUUAUCGCGGCGUAUUCGCCGUGCUAACAAGCUGGCCACCCGGCAACUAGCGCUAUCGGAGUGGAUCGCCCGGCGUCUCUGCGCCGAGGACUUCGUGCCGCUCCCGCCUCUAUCGGACGAGGAGAUAACCGAGGAGGACGAGUCUAAGGAGGAUUAA